CGAACAAAACAAAGACAGCAUUUUUGUUAAACCCAUUUGGUAAUGGAGUUCACUCUCCAAUGUAGGCUUUGAAAUGCGUUGGUCUCUCUCCCUCCUCUGCAAAUCGUCUCCUUCCUUCGCUAAACCCACCAUUUUCACAGCCCCUCUUGCAUUCACUUCCCUUCUAAGCAACUGCCGCCACCCUCUUCACCUUUAUCAAAUCCAUGGCUUCAUGUUGCACAGAGCUCUCGAUCAGGACAAUCUCUUUCUCAGCCGAUUCAUCGACGCUUGUUCCUCUCUUGACCUUUCUUCAUACGCCUUUUCCGUCUUCUCAAACAAAACCCACCCAGAUCUUCGUCUCUACAACACCGCAAUCAAAGCCCUUUCUCAGACCUCCUCUCCCCUUAAUGCCAUUUCACUUUACACCAGGAUUCAGAUUGAUGGAUUGCGCCCUGAUUCCUACUCUAUUCCAUUUGUUUUGAAGGCUGUUGUUCAGUUAUCCGCCGUUGAAGUUGGGCGGCAGAUUCAUACCCAGACGGUUUCUUCAGCUUUGGAUAUGGAUGUGAAUGUUGUCGCUUCUUUGAUUCGAAUGUAUUCUUCUUGUGGGUUUGUUUCUGAUGCUCGUAAGCUGUUUGAUUUUGCUGGUUUUAAGGAUGUGGCUUUGUGGAAUGCUAUGGUUGCUGGGUAUGUUAAAGUUGGACAACUUAAGAGGGCGCGUAAAGUGUUCGACGAAAUGCCUCAAAGGAAUGUGAUAUCUUGGACUGCUUUGAUUGCUGGGUAUGUACAGACCAAUAGGCCCGAUGAAGCGAUUGAGCUGUUCAGGAAGAUGCAGCUUCAGGAAGUGGAGCCUGAUGAAAUUGCAAUGUUGGCUGUGCUCUCAGCUUGUGCUGAUCUGGGAGCUCUCGAGCUUGGGGAGUGGAUCCAUAACUAUAUUGAAAAGCAUGGUUUGUGUAGGACUGUUCCAUUAUACAACGCCCUUAUAGAUAUGUAUGCAAAAUCAGGCAACAUAAGAAGAGCACUGGAAGUUUUUGAGAAUAUGAAGCAGAAAAGUGUCAUAACUUGGUCCACCAUGAUUGCUGCCUUGGCUCUUCACGGGCUUGGAGGAGAAGCCAUUGACAUGUUCCAUAGUAUGGAGAAGGCAAAAGUUAGGCCGAAUGAAAUAACUUUCAUAGCAAUUCUAUCUGCUUGCAGCCAUGUUGGGAUGGUGGAUGUGGGUCGUUAUUGUUUUGAUCGAAUGCAGUCAAUGUACAAAAUUUUGCCAAAAAUUGAGCACUAUGGCUGUAUGAUUGAUCUGCUGGCUCGUGCUGGUUAUCUUCAAGAGGCACAGAAACUGCUUCACGAUAUGCCAUUUGAAGCAAACGCAGCAAUAUGGGGGUCUCUUCUUGCUGCUUCCAAUACACAUAGGGAUGCUGGGCUCGCAGAGCAGGCUUUGAGGCAUCUUGCUAAGCUAGAGCCUGAAAAUAGUGGGAAUUAUACACUUUUAUCCAAUACAUAUGCUGCUUUAGGAAGGUGGAAUGAAUCUGGGAUGGUGAGGAAGGUGAUGAGAAAUGCAGGUGUGAAAAAGGCUCCAGGUGGAAGCUUUAUUGAAAUUAAUAACAGAGUGUAUGAAUUCAUGGCUGGAGAUGAGUCAGAUCCUCAGUUAGAUGGGAUUUAUCAAGUAUUAUGCAAGCUAAUUCUGCACUUGAAAAUGGCCAGGUCGUAUCAGGAGGAAAUAGGAAUGGGGUGAAGCAGCAGCUAUAUAUUUUUUUAUAUCUAUGCUACUUGCUGGCUCUGGCUAGUCAGCUCGAGCAUAAUUCAGUCGAUAAGAUGCCAACUAUUAUCAUCCCAAAAGUUGGUGGUUUGAUCCCAACCUUGAAAUUGUUCAUCAAAAGUACAAAAGAUCGUCAUCUUUAGACACUUGCAGGGUCAUGGAUCUGUGUUGUCAAUGCAGUUUGCAAAGGAACCGUCUUGUGUGAGCUCACUUCAUUCAUCAUUUCAUUUUUGGACAGAAUUCUUCAACCUUAUGGUACAGGUUUUAGUUCAAGAUCCAGUUACUGUACUAAUGUGGAGGCUGAAGUCGGGUGGUUAGCGGGAUCAAGAUGUUGGUAAACUCGUCCGAUACGGGUCGAAAUAACUGAAAAGAGUUAAAGAGGUUUAACAUCUUCAUGCUACUCAAAUGGGAAGCAAAGGGCAAGGGUGAUAUUUGGAAGAUGUAAUGACCUUCAUUUUUUCCUAUGUUUCUGGAACAGUCCAUUUAUAGUGAAGCAAGGAUACUGGACAUGAAGAGUCUUCUUAGUAUUCUAGUUUCAUUUUCAGAAGCUUGCACCUCUCAGUUUCAAGAGAGAUCUUCAAUGGAAAGGUCAUGUUGUUCCCCCUUUUCUUUUAGAAGUUUCAUGAUACUCAAAGAAACCAUACUUGCAAUUUCCAAUUUUGACUUUUGGGAUCAAUUAAUAUGCUGAUUGAGUUGCAAAUAAUACUUGUUGCUUUUAGAACAACAUAUAUGAGGCAGAGAUUCAAACUUCCAAUUCCAAAGAAAACAUAUG